UGCUAUCUCUCCCACACGGCCAGACUCAAACCGCACUGCCUAGCCAGUGCUGCACACGUCGAGCAAUAUGGCUUUGAAAAACUCUGCCGUCCUCCUCAUUGGGCUUCUUCUCUCUUGUGUUGCCACGAGCAGUGCGGCGAGAAUCCUGGAAGAGACCGUUCCGUCAAAGGAGGAGCACCAGCCUGAGGUGCCACCGCUUCCUAAGGUAGAAUUGCCACCGUUUCCGGAAGUGCACCUACCGCCUAAGCCUGAGCUUCCCAAGGUGGAGUUGCCGCCGGUCCCGGAGGUGCACUUGCCACCUAAGCCUAAGUUGCCCAAGGUGGAGUUGCCUCCGGUCCCGGAAGUGCACAUGCCACCCAAGCCGGAGCUGCCCAAAGUGGAGCUGCCGUCGGUCCCUGAGGUACACCUGCCACCCAAGCCGGAGUUGCCCAAGGUAGAGCUGCCAACAUUCCCGGAGGUUCACAUGCCACCCAAGCCGGAGAUGCCCAAGGUGGAGCUGCCGCCGAAGCCCGAGAUGCCCACUGUUCCCGUGUUCCAUGUCCCGGAGUCGGAGCCCAAGCCGUGAGAAUUGGCUUAUCAAUAUUGUUGCCUUGUUAUACCUCCUCUGCUCCUCGUACAUGUACCUAUUGUCGUGUUGUGUCGAUGAUCUGAUUGUUUAAUUGUGGUUUUCAGCUAGUGUUGUGAGUGAUCCUUAUAUAUUGGUAUAUAUGGGAAAUAUAUAUUUUGUUCUCACAA